UCAAAUACAUAAUAAUAAGAAUUUAUUUUUCUUAAUUAAAUUGCUUUCACAAAUUCAGAUCCAACAUCUCUCGCUCUGUCCGUCUGUCUGUUUCUCUACAUUGUCGUUGCCGUUGAUCUACCAUCGGCUCAACCAGUCUCCGGUCACAUUCGACCUUAAUUUUCUCUUCCUCAUUGCUCAAAUUCGCAGCAGGCAUUGAUUCUUUAGGAAAGUUUUUUAGGCAUUGAAGAGAUAUAAAGGGGUGAAAUUUAUGAAGAAAAGGGAUAGGGAGCAGAGAUGGUAAGGAGCCAAUCUGCUGAUUCCAGUGAGUAUGAGGAUCAGACACCUUCUCGAGAAGUUUGGGCAAAUGGGAUUUGCAUGAAAACUAGUGAAGUUGAAGCAAAGCUUGAUGAGGGAAAUAUUCAAGAGGCAGAGUCUUCCUUACGUGAAGGGUUAUCGCUAAAUUUUGAGGAAGCAAGAGCCCUUCUUGGAAGGUUGGAGUAUCAACGAGGAAAUGUAGAAGCAGCCCUUCAUGUGUUUGACGGCAUUGAUCUCCAGGUUGCUAUACAGCGACUGCAACCAUCAUUUUCUGAAAAACAGCCUUCUAGGAAGGGUCGUUCUCGUGGUGACUCACAGCAUGCAGUAUCACAGCAUUCUGCUAGCCUGGUGCUUGAAGCAAUAUACUUAAAAGCAAAAUCUCUUCAAAAGCUUGGGAGGUUAAAUGAUGCUGCUCAUGAAUGUAAAAGGGUGCUUGAUGCUGUGGAGAAGAUAUUCCAUCAGGGCAUACCUGAUGUGCAAGUAGACAACAGAUUGCAAGAUACUGUUCGUCAAGCUGUAGAGCUCCUUCCAGAGCUCUGGAAGCAGGCAGGUUGCUAUCAUGAAGCAAUGUCUGCUUACAGACGUGCUCUCCUUAGUCAAUGGAACCUUGACGAUGAUAACUGUUCAAGGAUUCAAAAAGCAUUUGCAGUGUUUUUGAUGCACAGUGGAGUGGAGGCUGGUCCUCCCAGCUUAGCUGCACAGGUUGAUGGUUCCUAUGUUCCUAAACACAAUCUGGAAGAGGCAAUUUUACUCUUGAUGAUUCUUGUUAGGAAAUUUUACCUUGGUAAGAUUGUAUGGGACCCAUCAGUUUUGGAGCACCUUACAUUUGCACUAUCUCUAUGUGGCCAAACUUCUGUUUUGGCAAAGGAACUUGAGGAGAUCAUGCCUGGGGUGUUUCAUCGUGUUGACCGUUGGAAUACUUUAGCUCUUUGUUACAGUGCAGUAGGACAGAACAAAGCAGCUUUAAACCUUUUGAGGAAGUCUUUACAUAAACAUGAACAACCUGAUGAUCUCAUUGCACUCUUGUUGGCUGCCAAGAUCUGCAGCGAAGAUUCUCAUCUUGCCGCAGAGGGUGUGGGAUAUGCACAAAGAGCUAUUACUAAUGCUCAAGGGCGCGAUGAGCAUCUAAAAGGUGUGGCCAUUCGAAUGCUAGGUCUUUGUUCGGGAAAGCAGGCUACUACUUCUCCAUCUGAUUUUGAAAGGUCCCAUCUUCAGUCUGAAGCCUUGAAAUUAUUGGAUGCUGCAAUAUCUUUGGAGAAAAACAAUCCUGAUCUGCUUUUUGAGUUGGGAAUGCUGUACGCAGAGCAACGGAAUUUGAAUACUGCUCUGCGCUAUGCAAAGCGGUUCAUUGAUGCAACUGGUGGCUCUUUGCUAAAAGGCUGGAGGUUACUUGCUCAGAUUUUGUCUGCUCAGCAGCGAUUCUCAGAGGCUGAGGUGGUAAUUGAUGCUGCUUUGGACGAGACUGCAAAAUGGGAGCAAGGACCAUUGCUUAGGCUGAAAGCAAAAUUGAAGACCUCCCAGUCUCUGCCCAUGGAUGCAAUUGAAACUUACCGCUACCUUCUUGCAUUGGUUCAAGCACAAAGGAAGUCUUUUGGUCCUCUUAGAAGUGUUUCUCAGGCUGGGGAUGAUAGAGUGGAUGAAUAUGAAGUUUGGCAUGGCCUAGCUGAUUUGUAUUCUCGGCUUUCGCAUUGGAAGGACAUGGAGGUGUGUCUGGGAAAAGCCAGAGAGUUGAAACAGUACUCUGCAGAAGUUCUUUACACAGAAGGUGUUAUGCUCCAAGGACGUGGACAAGUUGAAGAAGCCAUGUCUGCUUAUAUUAAUGCUCUUUUAUUAGACCCAUCAUUUGUGCGUUGCAAGAUACUGAUUGGUGCCUUGUUAUCCAAGAGGGACUCCAAUGCAUUGCCUGUUGCAAGAAGCAUACUCUCAGAUGCCUUGAAGAUAGAACCUACCAACCGAAUGGCUUGGUAUUACCUGGGGAUAAUUCAUAGAGUUGAUGGACGGAUAGCUGAUGCUGCAGACUGCUUCCAAGCAGCCUCCAUGCUUGAAGAAUCUGAUCCCAUUGAAAACUUCAGUUCUAUUCUUUGACUGGUUUCACUUCAGGGGCCAGAGAGGAGCGAUGAGGGGGCUAGGUUGCUUAACGAAACGCAGGAAGUUAAGAAGAUGAGGAAAGGAUUGAAGCAUGGAUGAACACUCAGCUGUGUAAAUGUAUGGUUUUUAAAGUGAGCAAUGGUUUUUGAAAGAUAAUUACAGAUUCAAAUAGUUUAUCAUGUAUCAAUUGUAUAUUGCUUCUUUUUUCCCCUUCAAAUUAGAAGAACAUUCACAGUAAAGGUACCUUUUCAUCUUUUAAUUUGUACAACAGUGAAUUCUUUUUAAGAUGUCUUGAUAUCGUGGAAGAUUCUAUAUCCUUUUUUAGGUAUUA